AUGGUCCGAGACAUUAGUCCAGCUUCGGCUUAUGAUGGGCAAGCUAGACUCACGUCAAAUGUCGGCCUGGACAGGCCCAUACCCGAAGGAACAGAGGUGACCCUAACCUGCUCCGCUGGCAGUCCCACUGGAGGAGGCGUUCUGCGGAUUCUGCGUCGCCCUGCCGGUGGUGAAGGCAUGGACGGUUUCGAAGACCUCGCAAACUUCGCUACGCGGGUCGUGCGAGUGUCGGCCGAGCGCCCCGACAUCGCAGCCACUUUCGUGGUCUCAAGAAAAGAUGACGGAGCAGUUUUUAUUUGUGGUGAUGUUGAAACACUUGGAUUUCAAUCGCAAACGCCCUCUGCUUCAAAAACAAUGAGGAUUCAGUGUAUGAUGAUUCUCGGUUACAUAUUUUCCUAG